UGUAGACCUCACAAAUUCGUCUCCUGUCAGCAGCAGCAGCAGUGAAGGUGCGUACAACCAAUCGGAAAAGUUCGGAUUUUCUGUUGCAAAAGGUAUUGAGCCGUGCUCAAAAUAUUCGGAUUUUCUCGCCUGAAUCCCGCCGUGUCGGUUGAAAGUGAUUUACAACGGUUUUUACCGCGUUUUCGAAGUGAUUUUUGUAUUCAAAGAAAAGGAAAUUUUUCUUCAUUGCCUCACAACCCGGUUGCAAAGAUCAAGAGUUUCUUCUUAUUCAGUGCUUUCUGCAUCCUACUCACACACGCACUGCGAGCUGGUGAGGUUCUCUUUUUGAUGACCGUAUAUCGCGACGACGACGAUUGCUUUUGAAUGUAUGUAUGAGCUGUCGGGCUUUGAGUUGUAAAGAAGUGGAAAUCAAGGUAAAGCAAACGCUUUUGCCUAUCGAUUUUCGUGAAUAAUUUUUUUUUGUGAAAAUUGUACGUGUAAAUCGUGAGGUUGAUCUGUCAGGGAUCAGUAAGGAUUUCCGAAAACGUACAGCUGAAAAGCAAAGUACCUGCAGUAGCAUUCCGUGCUGUCGCUUGUCAGUGGCGUGUGUGCGUGUAUCGUGUCGGUGUGCGUGUUACAAGUACAUAGUGGGUUGUGUUUCCGGCGGUGGUGCGCGGAAGAAGCACUCGCUUUUUUUUUGUCUUACGAAGAAGCAAGUGGAAAAGCAGUGAAAAAGAGAGGCGGCAAGAAGAAGAGGCUAGAGCAGAGAUUUCCCGUUACGAAGUGGAGUGCAAAAGAUUAUUAAAUUUACAGCUCCAGAUUUUCUAGAGGAAUUCUUGACUCGAGGUGAACUCCUUACCCCGUCACAUUCGGGCCGCGAACGGACAGACGGAAUAAAGUUUUCCUGUGGGCAGCGAGUUCAUAAAUUUCUUACACUGCAGACGCAAAAAAAUAAAGUUUUCCAUUGUUCGAAAACCGCAAACGUCAUCUCACGAUUUGGAGUACAAACGGCGUGAGAAUAUUAUCGAAUUUUCUGACGAAUACAGCGAUCUUCGGGCAGCAGUAGUUUAGCUCACGAAUUGACCUAGGAUCUGCCGAGCCAGCUACAGGCAUCAAGCUAAUCACUCCACUCUACGUAAGAUAAAAAAUACUUGCUGCGUUCAUUCCUAAAAUUAGCUCAAAUUCGUUGGGCCUACACACGCACGAAGCAACUCCUAGCGCAAUCAACUUUUACUGGUUGAGGCGCGCAAGAGGCUUCAACACUUUUUCGCUGAUGAAGAUUCUCUGGCAGCAUGAAUGCAUUGGGGGGAACUAGGGGGGAGCGCAAUGCAAAGCCCAAAUUCGCAGCGUUAGAUAUCAACAAACUAUAUAGCACAAGUCGGGGAGAAUCUCUUGAACCAUCAACUCAAAAAAGUGCAGCUCCUCGCAAACAUGGAAUGCAAAGUUUGGGAAAGGUUCCCUCGGCUCGUCGACCACCAGCAAACCUUCCGUCUCUGAAAGCUGAAAUUUCCACACCGUCGGAUCAACAAGGUACCUGGGCUAACGAGACCGAAAAUAUCCAAAACAACAAUUCUAGUAUUACCACAACAUCCACAGUAGCAGCAGCAUCAUCUCUAUCAACAACCACUAGUAGCAGCAAUUUAAAUAACAACGCAACGGCUAGUGUCGGAGCUUCACAUAAUUCUUCACACGCGAACAAUCAGCAGAUUCACCCCUCGAGCGCUUCUUCACAAUGGAGCUCGAACGAGUUCCCCUCCCUGGAUGGCACUGGUCAGUAUGGUCCGAGCAGCAAGCAGCAGCAACAGCACCACCACUACGAUGGAGGCAACGACGGUCGGUUGACGACUCCCUAUAUGGAUGGUCCACAGGUCAGUUUGAGGCCACAGACGGAUGCAGCCAGUUGGAUGCAGCAGCAACAGCAAGGCAGUGGAGGCGGAAACAACGGAGGCGGUAUGAACGGGCCAAGCAGCAGCCAACAGGUCCUGGGCCACCAGCAACAACAACAGCAGCCCCCGGCCCCACUCCCGCCGCAGUUUCGAGCGCUAAUGCCACCGUUCAUGUAUCGUGGCAGCGGAGGCGCAGGUGGAAACUCAGUGACCCCUCCACCUGGUCUAAACGAGGAUGUGGGACGUGGUGGCAGAGAUGCUGGCGGCGAUGGUGGUGGAAACAGAGAUGGGGGCGGAGGAGGUGGCGGUGGUGGCCGGAACAACAACAGCCCAUACAACAGUAUGUUGCCAAGCUUUGUUCUUCCAUCGACAAAUCAUCAUCAAUCCCAUGGCUCCAGUUAUUCGCCCACACAAUCGGGUGGUAGAUAUCGGGACUCAUAUUCUGGAGGACGUCGUAAUCAAACGCAACCACCGCGACUUGCCAAUCGUCAGCAGCAACAGCAGCAGCAACAGCAACAACAACAACAGCAGCAGCAGCAUCAACAACACGACGAUUCUCGUCCGCAACAGGUUUCUUCUUACAUGGAUCCGGACAUUGUUGUUCAAAGGCCGAUCAUUCGUGAUGAAGAGCUGCAGCGUAUUGAGGCAAUUUCCAAGGAUGAGGGAUGGGCAAAAGACGAUGAAAUCGAUUAUAAUCAAAAGUUACAGUUUUCGGAUGAUGAAUCAGAACCAAGUCCACCGAAAGAAACGCCACCGAUAGCGCCAGUUAAACUUGAAAAGAGUCACGUAUCGCAACAACAGCCGCCACAGCAACAAUCGCACCAACAGCAGCAACCACAACAGCAACCGCAGCAGUCGCAACAGCAACAGCCUCAGCAACCUCCGCAGCACGAAGAUGAUAAGCGAAUGGCCUGGAGCCGUGAAGUGGAAAGAGAACAGGAGAGGUUAGACCAAGAACGAGCGGAUCAUGAACGAUACGAAAAAGAACGAGAUCAGCCAUCUACACGCCCUCUGCCGCAGCAGAAUGGCCAUGUGGGAGGAGGACGUGGAGGACUUGAUGCAGAGGCAAAAGAAAGGCUUAAACAACGACGUGAAGAAGAUCAGCGGCGUGAAAUGGAACGCAAACAAGCUGCUGCAAGGAAGCUACAAGAGCUGGAACAGAAAUUAAAUCGGAAGAAGACUGAGGAAACGACGAGUACUUUGCUAUCGGCAAAAGAAGAAGAAGAUCGCGAACCGUCUAUCGGUGGUUACAAUGAACCAACUGAAAGUAAAGAUCGCACUAGUUCAGGCAGUCGCGUAGAUCGAGAUAAAGCUGAUCCGAAGGAAACCAGAGAUCGUGAAUGGGAUCGUUACGAGUACGGUAGACAUGAACGGUACGACCGUGAAAGAACCGAUCAGAAUCGUGAACGGGUUGUGGAACGGACGGGAGAAUGGGGUGAUAUGCCGGCAUUUUCCAAAACUUUCCAAUCAAAUCUACCGCCUCGAUUCCAAAAGCGCAAAUUGGAGCGAAAUCCUUCAGGCAAUAGUUUGCAGGGAAGUACAGGAUUUAUUGCUAGAGAUCAGCCUAACAGCAGAAGCACUGCCAACCAAGGGUCAACGGGAUCUUCUCAAACCCAGCAACAGCAGAGUGACGGUAAAAGUGUUCCGUUCGCACAGCAGUAUGAUCCUCGAUUCAUUCAUAGUCAACAAAGUUAUGGCAAAAAUCAGGCUGCUGGAUCGCAAAGGCGAGGAGGUCCAAUAGAUGAUGGUCCGCGACGGGACAUGAGACAUGAUCGUUCCGAUGAUCGUGACCGCGAUAGAGAUCGAGAUCGCGAACGAGAAAUGGUCCCAAGAGAAAUCAUGAAGCGUCGCAUCGACUCGGAAGAAGAUGAUCGAUUCAGUAGCAGUGGAAGAGAAUCAUCGAGCAAAUUAAGUGGAGGUAGAACGACCCCGCAGUUGGUACGGAGUGUUUCGGAUACGUCUCAGCGAAAGACCAGCGUUUCAAGUGAUGAUAAUCGCCAUUCAGAACAACAUCAUGCUACCGUGAAGGAAUCUAUUGGAUCGUGGGAAAGCGAAGCAGAGAAGGAAGAUCGAAGACAGGCGGAAGCGGCAGCUGCUUUAGCCAAAGAGAAUCAGUUGCAACAAUUUCACCAACAACAACAACCGUUAGAGAAUCGUCGCACUUCCGAAUCAUCAGUGAUGUCCGAGGGUGAGCCUAAGCAAAUUCUUCAGCGUAUCAAAGAAUCUUCACCUGUUCUGUGCGAGAAGCCAAAUAAAGAUAGAAGCGAAGACGCAAAAACAAAUGAUCAAAAGUCAUUAUCUAAGGCUUGGGAAGAUUCUGUCGAAGUUGCUGAUGAUGGUAUAAUCACAAAAGCUCACGAGUCUAACUCGCCUUCAAUAGAAGACAAAAAAGAUGCUUCAGGUUCUGAAGGAACAAAAAACGAAAGCGCCGGAGGGCGUGGAUUGGAGUUGGAUAAUGGUAAAAUGAAUAUUUCACAGGGAAGUGCCACUAGUGGAAAGGAUUCAGACGAUAGUAAAUAUGGAGCAAAGAAAACUCUGCAUUCGCGAGGCGCAGGAAGACACGAUUCUCGAGGUGGUGGUCAUUCCAGAGCUGGUUACGGUGGUGGUAGUGGAGGAUAUCAUCGUGGUGGAAGUAGCUGGGGACGCAGAGGCGGUGGUGGAGGGUCUAGAAUGGGUGGACAUGGACGAAAUUAUAAUCAAGAUUACUGGAGUGAGUCCGAUUACUCGGAGGAUGGGGAGGACGAGUAUAGAAAAGAGGGUAAAUAUGAUCGCAAAGAAGGAGGUAGCCACUACAGACACGGAGGUUCGUUAGGUGGUCAAGGUCAUAAUGCAAAGGAAGGGUUCGCACCUCGUGGUGAACCGUCUCGUCGAGGAAGGGGAGGAAUGGGUUCCUCCAUGGGAGGCCCAGGUUUCCGCAAGACAACAGUGGGUAAGAAAAUUGACGGUUAUGGUCCACCUAGCUCAAAAAGCCCCUUCGGAAGUAACGAGGAAAAAGGAGAUGCCAAGCAUCAAGUAUCGGCCAAGGAUACUAAAUCCUCUGAGCAAGUGAUCGCUGAUGAUCGGGUAAAACAGAAACAGGCCGCACUGAGUGCUGGAUUAACAAACAAACCAGCAGGAGGGCAAAAGCCAACUGGUUCGCUUCCACAGCGAAGUCCAUCCGGUAAUAUGAAACCACCUGGUAAACCAGCUGAAGAAACACUCUCAGAUCAGGAUAAACUUAAGGUUACGGACAAAAAACUUAGAAACGACAGUAAAUGCGAAUCUCACGAUGAAAAAAUCAAAGAGAAGUCUAAGACCGAAAACGAAAUUCACGACAUGGAUGAUGCAGGAAAAGAUAGCCUGAAAGGCGGACCUCAUCGUACCAAACAGACGCAACAAAGUCAUGUCUCGAAAGGUCCUCAGCAAAAUUCAACCCUGCCGACGGGAAAAGUGGCUGCACCGGUAAAACCUGUUGCUACGACUGUUAGUGGUCAAGUAACAUCUACAAUGCAAAAGUCUGCUACGGCCGUAGUUGUGGGAGUCCAGCCCAAACCGAAUCAAGAUCUUCGCAAUCAAACAAACAACGUUCGUUCACCCAAUCUUCUACCGCGAUUGGUUAAACAAAAAGAACGUCAGCGAGACACCAACUUCCAGGAUGGAUCACAUAGUGGAGGAGAAGCAAACGAUCAAGAAUCCGCUGUGGGUACAGUAACUUUACAGCAGCCUCAACAGUUGUCAGAUAAAAUAGGUACAAUGAGCAUAACCACUUCCAAGACUGAUACUAGUAAGCCUUUAUUGGAUGGUGCAACUCCUCCCGUGAAUACGAUUAUCUUUGAAAACACAAACUACAAAUCUUCGACAGCCGCAGCAACAUCAGUUACUGUAGUCCAGCAACAUCAUCACGCGCAGCAUCAACAAGCUCAUCAAGUCCCUCAACCAUCCCCACAACAGACACCAGUAAGUGCUCAAAUGAAGCGGCAACUUUCUGGAGGGCCUACGGGACCAUUAGGAGCAAUGCAGCAACAGCAGCAAGCAAUUGUUCAAAUGAGCAAACCCGAACAUCAGGCUCGACAUCCUUCACAAGAAGAAGUGUUCAAAGGAUCCGCUGGUAUGCAAAAUGCUACAGGAGCAAUGCAAGAGAUGUUGGUGGAACAACCACAAAGACCCCAAUCAGCGAACGGUCCACCCUCACAGUCGCCGGCUGUUCAACAACAACAGCAACAACACGCGCAAGGGUCUUUGAUGCAACAGACGAUGCAGCAAGGACAGCCAAGCUCUCAGGCCGAUGCAAUCACAAGUGCUCUCCAAGGAAUGUCCUUCCAGAAGCCAUCUGAUGCAGACUACGAAAAGGAAAUUAAACCGUUUUCCUUUGAAGCCGACAUUUCGCAGCUAAUAGAAACCAAGCAGAAAACUCCAGGUCUUUGUCUGUCCAAGGCACAGAACAUGAUUUCUCCUUCGACCGCCGAACUAAACAUGAAGAUUGCUAGUGUAAAGAAAGUAUGGGAAAUGCCAUCUGUUGCGGAACACACCGCUGAAGAUCCCACAAGCGCAGCAGCAGCGGCAGUUCAUCUGGCGGCCAAUUUUGCUGCCGUUUCUUCCCAACAUCAGCAGCAGCUACAUCAGUUCCAACAGUCACACGGAAAUUUAACUCACAGUCUGCCGGCGCAUACGUUGGCCGCGGCUACUGGUCAAUCAUAUACCGGAUCUUUUGGCCAGGAGCAGCCUUCAAUUGAGCAGCACUUUGGUAAACCAGGUGGCGGUGAGGGAGUUGUAAUUGGUGGAACCGGAGCUGGUGGUGAUGUCGAUACGGGAUACAACACUCAACAACAUGCUGCGGUCGGACAAGGAGGAAGCAUCCAACAUCAAACAGCGAAUUUAAGUAUGAAGCAUGCAGCGGAUGUGUUGGCUAACAAUGCCCAAGUGUGCAAAGUUAAACCCACACAGCAAAAUAUGCACCAAUCUACGGGACUGGGUCUUUCACCGCCUCCGAUGCAGCAGGGUACAAUUCCAUCUGCACCGCAAACAUAUUAUCAACCGUCUCAAUACGGCAUGUCUGCCAUUCCUUCGCCACCUGCCGUGAUUUACAAUUCAUCUGCCAUGCCUUCUCAAACUGGCCUUUAUAAUGCAUUCCAAAUCGAGGCAGCAGGUCGUACACAGUUCUCCCAAUAUCCUGGCCACUAUGGCACAACCGGUACAGCUCCAUAUAAUGCUUAUAUGACUACACCACCAAAUCUGCAAACCGCUCCAACACCCGAUAUGUAUCAAAGUCUCACUUCCCAAUUUCGAAUGGGCGGUGCCGUCCAAUCACCGUAUAAUCCAUCGCCCUCGCAACAACUAAACAACCCGAGUACAAUGCUAAUUUCGUCCAGCACAAAUUCCCUAAUGUCGUCAUCGGUGAAACCUUCGUCCCAACAAAUCGGUGCAAUAGGCUCAAAGAGCGGUUCUGUCGGACAACCAUAUGGGCAACAGUACAUGAGCAUGUUCCCGCCGGCUCCGCCCAUGCAGAAUAACAGUUUCUACUCUAACUCCGCUGGCGGGCAGAGUGCAUUUUUUGGCGGUGCUGGGGCUACUCAGAACUAUGGAAUUCAGGCUGCAGCAACCAGUAUAUUUGGUGGUCAUGGCGGACAAAAUCCAUCCAGUGCACCACCGCAACAGCAGCUGCCAAACUAUGCAGGUGCAUCGCAGUUCCUCAGUUCGCCUCUACUAGCAGCCAAUGCUGCCAUCGCACAGCAGUACCGUGGAGGACCAACGAACAAUCCACAAUCGGCAGCAGCAGCGGCGGCUGCGGCAUACAUGAAAAACAAUCAGCCCCAAUCGCACAUGCAAGACCCCAAUGGUCGACAGUUGAAAAGUCCAUUAAAUACUGAUGGGUUGAAUAAUUUGAAACAGAUUCCACCACAAGCAAGUCCGCCACAUCACAAGGGCUAUGCAACGACUACGUGGGAACUUCAAAAUCAGCUCAUGCAGCAGCAGCAAAAUCAGCAGUCGAAUCCGCAACAAGUAUCACAACAGCAGGGUAAUCCAGGACAACAUCCGCAACAACAACAGCAGCAGCAAAUGGGGCAACCACAGUCUCAACAACCCAAUUCGGGCCGCAACAUGAUGCAGUCUAACCAGCAAGCGGUUGGAAUGGGUGGAGCAGGUGGUGGUGGUCGCCCUCCACCGCAAGGUGUACAGGGCGGGGGUAUGCAGCAGCGCUAUCCAUCACCAAUUCAACGUCCAACAAACUACUCCCAACCGCCAGUUCCGGGAAUGCACCAACCGCGACCAAUGCGGUCGAAUCACAAUCCGGGCCCACAGCAACAGCAACAGGCUAACAUGGGUCAAGCGAUGGGUAACCCAAAUAAGCAUUACUACGGUGGAAAUCGGGGUGGUGGUCAUGUCAAUGCAAUGAACGAUCCAAACCUUGGAGGAAAGCCCGGCGGUGGAGCUGGAGAGAAACCCAUCAUGGAUGGUGAGGUGAACAAGGAUGAUUCGAAGAAAAAGUAAUCUCUACAAGGUGGAUGGUUUUAAUGUCAUACAGAAAAGUUUUUCUGCAAUAUGUAUCGAGAGCGUAACAAAAAAAGAGAAAAUUUGGUCUGAAAAGCAUCUCAGAAACAUUACCAAAACUUAUUCAUGAACAGUAAACUAGAAACUAUUUAUUCGAUCGGUUAAUGGAGAUCAUCAGAACAAAUCGUUUGGUUAAAUUUGAAAUGGCUGUCACUGCAUAAACGCGGAAUCGUUCUGAAAAUAGUAUGAGCUUGACCGGAAAUAAAACUUACACGGUUGAGGUGUGAGCACGCUAUUAGAAACCAGUGAAAUGUAUCGGUUUGACUGAGCUUCACUAUAAACGUAAAGAGGAAAAAAAUGAACCUUAAACUUACUUAAAUUAUUCGACACGUGUUGUAAUUGUCAUCUUUUUAGCCACGAAACUAAUCCCUAAAUGGACAAAUGAAACGAAAUGGUUUACUUCUGAUUGUCCCGAAAGUAUAAUAACAUUAAAUGAAUCAGUAAAAAUGAUUCUUAAUCUGGGAGAGGUUAGAAGUAAUUAUCAUUCCUACUACAAGACGUUAUACUGCAAGAACAUAUAAUCUUUUGAAUAAUCGCAACGUUAUCGUACAUGCGCAAUACCUAUAAAAUAUUCUUGAACACAAUUUGUAUCAAGUCCUCUCACGUGUUAAACCAUGGAGGGACAUAGUUUAAAGAAGAAUGCAAAAACUGGAAAACUGUGGAAAGCUAGUUGCUGAUACGGGGAAAAGGGAUUCGGUGAGAAAAUACAAUGAAAUAAACUAUUGCUAUACACUACUACUAUUACUACUAUGACUACUACUAGUUAAGAAUCCGACAUAAGAGCGCAUUGAUUUCCCUUGCGCCUACACGGCACAUGAAUAAGUUGGAAAUUUGUGUCGCUCUUUUGUGUUGAAACUCUUGCAUCCGGAGAACAAACAAAAUGAAAACAAUGCAAGAAUCGCAAAUCGUUCAUUGAAAACUCAUAUAUGGGCAAGCAAAUAUUAAAAAAAAACAAAACAAGUGUAUCUACUCGGAAGACUAUUAGCUUAAUAAAAUUAGGAAAGCAAAACACAAAAUGCUGAAACAUGGAAAAAUACUGUAUAAUGGAACUACAUUACAUAUACUAAACAAAAACCGCAACAAAACAGAAAAACGUUUCAAACAACUACAAUUAGUAAUUCAUCUUAUUAUAAUUAUUAUAACAAUCUUAUAAAUAAAGAGAAUACGUGAAAACUUUGAACAUAUAAUGGUUAUAUUAUUUGUCGCAAAUUUACAAUGUCCGAGAUAGAGCCGGAAAGUUAAGGUAAUAGGAAAAAUCGUAAAACAGCUUUUUUCGUUUAUUCGAUUUAGUGAAAUCCUGAGUGAAGGUAAGAGUAACCCGCAUUAACUUUACUGAGUCAUGAUUAAAUAUUCUACGUAUAUAAAUAACAUUAUAGUAAUUAAUGCGAAAAGCGGAACGAAAUAACAUAUAAAUUUCAAUUCAGAAACAAAUAAAAUGAAAAUAAACACUAUGACCUAGAACACUGCAAUGUGAGUAUAUGAGAAAAGAAAUUUGAGCAAAGCGCGAAUUCGAACUUGCAAAACAGCGAGAUGAGUUUUAAGUUUAUAUUUAAACAAAAAAAGUUUUAUUUAUUUCUACAUUAACGAAACAAAUUCAUUACAGAGGAAAACAAAGAGAUGAUAAUUAGAUGGAAAUGUACACCCACGCACGCAUAUAUAACAAAUGGUAAUAAAAACAAGUUAAUUGUAUGAACAAUUCGCAUGAGUAGAGAGUUGACGUAAGACUAGGUUGCAGCGUGAAAUAUAGUGGUGCAGUAGGAGCAGCAGCAAACAAGGACGAAUGUUGAUGAAACAUUAUAAAAGUGAAUACAUCAAAGUAUCUAAAACAAUUCAAACACAAAAAAAAGUUUAUAAAAUUCAUAGAAAUGAGCCGAAAAAAAGUUAAAAACAAAUAAAAAUCGAUAAUACGAAAAUCUAGGAAAACUCA